CGCGCAGUCGCAGUACGUUUGAAAGGGGAGGAUCGAAAAAGCGCAUCCUGAAUGAUUUCUGGAUCCCUGAAGUUGUCGACGGAAGCGUGAGGAGAUAAGAAGUUCUUUCGGAAUUAAGAAGCAGGAUUUCAAUAUGACAGAAAGAGCCAAUAACUUUCCUCCCCUGCCAAAGUUUCUAAGAAUAAAACCAUGUUUCUAUCAGAAGAUUGAUGAAGAAAUUCCUGCUCAGUACCAGCAACUGGUGCGCAGAGUGUUCAUGCUGUGGAUAAUGUAUUCAGGGACGCUUUUCCUCAACGUGAUUUCAUGCAUCGCUUGGUGGGCAGGAGGUGGAGGGCCCACUAACUUUGGCUUCUCCUUGCUUUGGCUCAUCCUCUUCAGCCCCUGUAGUUACGCCUGCUGGUUCCGACCUCUCUACAAAGCUUUCAGGGCGGACAGCUCCUUCAACUUCAUGGCCUUCUUCUUCAUCUUUUUCCUCCAGUGUGUGUUGGCAAUUAUUCAGACUUUAGGUAUCUCUGGCUGGGGAACGUGCGGCUGGAUUGCCACAGUGAUGUUUUUCAGCACCAAUGUGGGCUCCGCUGUAGUGAUGCUUAUCACGACUCUGCUCUUCACUCUGGUGACUCUUUUAAUGGUAUUUGUUCUCAUCAAGGUGCACAGACUGUACCGCGGCGGCGGCGGCAGCCUGGAGCGCGCUCAGGAAGAGUGGAGCACUGGUCUGUGGAAAAAUGCUCCAGUGAGGGAAGCUGGACUCAAUGCUGCUGCUCACACAGCACAAGGCCCCAGUUUGCCCGAGUACCCCGCUGCCGUGCCGAGUUACCCUAACAACAGCAACUGGUAAUGCCUGACAAUCACCCCUAGAUGGCGACAGGUGAUCUGCCAUUUCCCCUGUGCUUGGAGAAGCAGCAGUGGGUGCGUCUUAAAUCAGAGGAAAGGAGAACUAAAGAAGUUAUGGCAGGUUUGCUUCCAGAGUUCAUUUGAAGAAAAAAAAAAAAAAAAAGUGCCAUUCCAUUUAAACUUUGUUUACAAAAAGUUCGUAAGAACAGAUGAGGAUGGUUCUCUCUGGUUAAAGAACAGAUUAAUUUUGGAAGGUUUUAUGUUUUUCAGAUAAUUAAUUGGAAUUUCAAAUAGAAGAGUGAACCAUUACAUAUGUGUAUAGAGCAUGUGCCUUAUGGAAGUCAAAAGUGCUGAAUUCUAGGUGUGUUCAUGAAUUUUUUUUUAAACCACCUACUGCUAUGCUGCAACUGUUUGCUUCUGUUCCAACUUUGUUUUUGAUAUUUCUUUCUCAAUUCCCACCUGCAGCUCACCUAUAUGUUUUAAUAUGUCCCCAUACAUCAUGCAUGUGAAAAAUGUCUUGCCUUAACAAAUGCAGCUUUUUUUUGGUGAAAUUAGAUAUAUGCUUCAGUGAAGCAACUCUUCUUUAUUUUACUGAUGUGCCAAAAAACACACCUCUUUCUAUUUUGAUACUGGAGCAGGUCACACCCAAAGUAGACGGCGUGCUUUAGUCUCAGCUUGAGUUUUUACCGUUUUAUUUUUUCUGGAGCCUCCUGCUUGGCUUUGAGAAGUCUGAGCCGGGCUGAGAAAUCACCACAUCGACUGUUCUUGGUGUCAUUACUAUCUCUGCAUGUACGUUUUUCUUUUUUUUCUUUUCUUAUGUGGGGCACGACUCGCCUGUCAAAGCUUGUGAGGUUUAAACCCGGACUAAGAGAAAAAGAAAUAUUCACUACCCUUUAUCUUGUUACUAAAGUGUCUUUUGUGGCCGACUGCCAAAUUUAAAAUCACGUUUUUUCUGUAAUUUUGCCAGUGACACUAACUGAUACUAAUGUGACAUUUAAAUAUUGCAAGAUUUCAAUAAAACAUUGUUGUUCACAUCA